AUGUUCAUCUUUGCAGUUGAGAAAGGUACCGCCUUGAGAGCGCCACUAGAACUCCCGCUCCUUCACCUGGUAUUUCUAUUGGCACGGGAGCUUGACGAGGCCUCACCCGGUGCCCAGCCUCCCAGCCCCUCGUUAAAGUCGCAGCAAACCAGAAACACGACCUGGUGGGGACCCAAUAUUGCCCUCGCAGCGGUCCUGCUCACUUUCACGCGCUUCUCCUGCAUGCGCUUGCACUACUCUGGAUAUGGUACAUUACAGCUCCUCUUUGCAGAUUCGACUUCGUACCUUGCACAGUACCGUCCCGUAAAAGAGAGAGAGAGAAAAAGGAAAACAGCAAAAGACGCAACCGCUGAACGACCCCACGACCUUCAUUGUGUCCACGGCAACCGUCAACGGUGCCCCUCCCCCUCUUCCUCUUCUCGGAAGCCCCCGGUCAUCUUCUUGCCGCCCGAUUUCCAUACAAAUCAUCCAAAGUCCAACGUUCGCCUCAUCUCACCAAGCCUACGUGCUCGCCAACCACCACCACCACCACACCAACACUGCCGCCGCCCAGCAGCUCACGACGCACGUCCGGUCAACGCGAACCCAGCCAUACAUAUCCACACCCCGACUUCGACGGCAUACGUCCACCCAUCCAACAUCCUCGUCAAUCAAUACAUAUUUCUCCCGUUCGCCUAUCUGUCCCUACGCCUACGUCGUCCUCCGUCAUCCUACCCUUUCUGA